AUGUCCCAGGGAGGUGAUUUAGAGGUGUUCAGGGCAGAGGUGCUAACUUUUGGUUUAUGGGAUUAUGGCAUCUUUGGCCUCAUGCUUUUGAUCUCUACGACCAUCGGCCUUUUCUACGCCCUCUCCAAAGGUGGGCAAAGGACCUCGGAAGACUUUUUCACAGGGGGCCGGCAGAUGUCUGCCAUUCCAGUGGGACUCUCGCUCUCUGCCAGCUUCAUGUCUGCCAUCCAGGUGCUGGGAGUGCCAGCCGAAGCAUACCGUUAUGGCAUGAAAUUCUUGUGGAUGUGCCUAGGUCAGCUGCUGAACUCGCUGCUGACUGCAUACCUCUUCCUGCCAGUCUUUUACCGUCUGGGGCUCACCAGCACUUACGAGUAUCUGGAGCUGAGGUUCUCCAGGAAAGUCCGUCUGUGUGGAACAAUCCAGUACAUCAUUGCCACGAUGCUGUAUACUGGAAUUGUGAUCUAUGCCCCAGCCCUCAUACUCAACCAGGUGACUGGGCUAGACAUCUGGGCUUCCCUCCUCUCCACUGGUGUCAUCUGCACAUUUUAUACCACCAUUGGUGGUAUGAAGGCCGUCAUCUGGACAGACGUUUUCCAGGUCUUCGUCAUGCUGUCCGGCUUUGUGGCCAUCUUGAUCCAGGGGACCCUCCUGAUGGGAGGGCCAGACCAAGUCCUGUCCAUCGCAUUCAACCAUUCCAGGAUCAAUUUGGAUGACUUCAACUUGGAUCCCCGCAGCCGUUACACUUUUUGGACUUUCAUCUGUGGUGGGACACUGGUUUGGCUUUCCAUGUAUGGCGUGAAUCAGGCCCAGGUCCAGCGAUAUGUGGCCUGCAAGACAGAGAAAGAAGCAAAACUGGCUUUGCUGGUCAAUCAAGUGGGCCUCUUCAUCAUCGUUUCCAGCGCGGUGGGCUGUGGCAUUGUGAUGUUUGCGCUCUACAAGGACUGCGACCCGCUGUUGGCCGGAUAUAUCUCAGCACCUGACCAGUAUGUGCCUUAUUUGGUUUUGGAUAUCUUUGAGAAGUACCCGGGGGUCCCCGGACUCUUCCUGGCCUGUGCAUACAGUGGAACACUCAGCACGGCCUCCACGAGCAUCAACGCCAUGGCUGCUGUCACCGUGGAGGACUUGAUCAAGCCGAACCUGCCCCGCCUGUCACCGCAGAAGCUCACCCUCGUCUCCAAAGGACUUUCACUGAUCUACGGCACGUCGUGCAUCACUGUGGCGGCUCUGUCGUCGCUCCUGGGUGGUGGAGUGCUGCAGGGUUCCUUUACUGUCAUGGGGGUCAUCAGUGGCCCCCUUUUGGGGGUGUUCAUCUUGGGGAUGUUCAUACCAAUGUGCAACACCGUGGGGGUUUUCUCCGGCCUCGGCACCGGCGUCAUCCUCUCCCUCUGGGUAGCGGUUGGGGGGACCAUUUACCCACCCAGCCCUGCCACCAUGGGUGUGCUCCCGUCCUACGGAGACUUCUGCCCGCUCUACAACACCUCUGCAGGGGCGAACAGCACGGUUUUGUUUGGGCCACUACCCCCGCGGAACGUCUCAGAAGCUGCAGAGAGGCCGGCCAUUGCAGACAACUUCUAUGCCAUAUCUUACCUCUACUAUGGUGCUUUGGGAACCUUAACCACGGUUGUCAUUGGGAUCCUGACAAGCUGCCUGAAAGGGCCUGCUAAAAACAGCUUGAAGCAGCCAAAUGUCCUCUGGUGGGACAUCAUGAAGCAGUCGUCCUUGGUCGCUCCUGAGGGAGACAAUAAACCAUCCACCAAGGCUCCUGGGGACUCUUCCGAUCUGCAGAAGAAGGCCUUCACUUCAGCUUCCCUGGUGCCUGGGCUUCAAGCAGAGGACAUAUCUCUGCUGGAGAAAGAUGAGAUGCCCUUGCCAAAGGGCUCGGAAGAGUCCAUCUGCAUGUGUCCUGCUCUGGACCACAGCUGCUUCCACCUGCUCAGAGAGACUGAUGUAUAA